AUCAACAACAACCAUAUUCACCGGAGAAGUUAACGGUUGCAUGCAUGCUUCUCUCUCUCUCAAAUCAUCCUCAUCCGCUCUCUUGUUUCUCUCUCUAACAUCUGUAGAUUAAUAACAAACUCAUAAUCCAAAUCUGAUCCGAUCUGAUCUCAACUCAUCGUGCAAUGGAUAAUACAGAGAAACAAAUGGAUAAAAAGGAGCGAGCGAAGGAACGUAGAGAGAAACGUCGUCAAGAGAUCUCUUUAAUCCGUUCGAUUCCUUAUUCAGAUCAUCAGAGGUGGUGGUCUGCUGAAACUAUAGCUGUCGUAACUGGUGCAAAUCGAGGAAUCGGAUUUGAAAUCGCACACCAGCUUGGAUUGCAAGGAUUAACCGUUGUUCUUACUUCAAGAGAGACUGCUGUAGGUGAAGAAUCCGCAAAAGUCCUACAAGAAGGCGGCUUAAAAGUGGUAUUCCAUCAACUCGAUGUUAUAGAUCAACAAUCAAUCGACACGUUUUGUUCUUGGAUAAAAGAAAACUAUGGUGGUAUAGAUAUUCUGAUAAACAAUGCAGGAUUCAAUUAUAAUAUCGGGUCGGAGAAUUCUGUUGAAUAUGCUGAAAAAGUUAUCACCAUUAAUUAUACGGGGUCCAAGAAUAUGAUCAAAGCUGCAAUUCCGUUGAUGAAGCCUAACCACGCAGGCGCUCGAAUUGUUACAGUGAGCUCGCGAUUAGGAAGACUUAAUGGCAGGAAAAAUAGGAUUUCUGAUGAUGCAUUAAGACAACAACUAGAAGAUGUUGACUCGCUAUCCGAAGAGUUAAUUGACGGUACACUGAACAAGUUUCUGGAACAAGUGAAAGAUGGGAGUUGGACCACUGGAGGAUGGCCUCAAAACAACACAGAUUACUCACUGUCAAAAAUGGCGAUCAACGCAUACACAAGGGUAGUGGCCCGGGAACUAGCGGGUCGACCCGAAGGUGAAAAGAUUUACGUCAACUGUUACUGUCCAGGUUGGGUCAAGACCGCCAUGACAGGUUGGGCGGGCCAGGUUACACCUGAAGAGGGUGCUGAUACAGCAGUGUGGCUUUCGUUGAUUCCAGAUAUGCGUAUUAGUGGCAAAUUCUUUGCUGAAAGGCGCGAGAUACAUUUCUGAUUGCGCAUUAUAUGGAAGAAUAGUUAUAAUUUGAUGAUACAAUGUAUCGUAUGCUAACAUUCCUUUUUCCAUUUCUCCUGAUCCGGGUUGGGUCGGGUCGAGUCGCAGCUCAUUAGUGAAGUUCAAGUGGCCCGGU